GGCAGACUGCUCUCUCACAGAGGUGGGCUCCCUGGCUGGGCCAGGGCUCCAAGCUGCUUAUGCUCCAGUGCUGAGGUGAGGCUCUGCAAGCAGGCGAGCAGGAACCUGAGCCCGAAACUCAAGUUGUGACCCGAGCCAGUUGCUGCGCCUUUAAGCUGCUUUCCCUUUCGGGGAAACCGACGCCAGCACUCGAGGGUCGAGAGGCGCUGGAGAGGGCCCCCCCCACCCCGAGUUCUGCGCUCCCCUCUUUCCUCCCUCCUCCCCCCUCCCCCGCCCCUUCUCCCCUUCCCCUCCCCUCCUCGGCCGUCCGGCCGCCUCGGCGCUAUCCGUCACCUCGCAGCCUGCCGCACUCCUGGAGCGAGGAGAGCGACGAGCGAGCCACGGAGAUGGUGCCGCCCGCGGCGCAGCCAUGGAGCCCGCCCGAGGAGCCCGCGCGCGCCGCUGCCAGCCUGCCCGCAGCCCGCUGCCUGCGCGCCAGCUCCGCGCGUCCCGGGCCAGCUGCUGCCGCCCCGCCAACCUCCGUCCACCCCGCCGCUCCACGCCACUGAGCCCCACGCCCGUGCCGGGCUCCGGGGCACCGGCGCCCUAGUCCCGCCGCCGUCGCCGCCGCCUCUGCGCCGCCGCUGCCGCGCCGCCGAGGCGGAGGAGGAGAAGAAGGAGGAGGAAGUCUCCCAAAUCUGCCUUCAUCAGUGCUGCAAAGAAGGCCAAGCUGAGGUCCAAUCCUGCAAAGGUCCGAUUUUCUGAGCAGGUGGCAGUUGGAGAAACAGAUGCAAAAAUGAUGAAGAAGGAAGCUCUCCUCCUCAUCCCCAAUGUCCUGAAGGUUUUUCUAGAAAAUGGGCAGAUCAAGUCAUUCACAUUUGAUGGCCGGACCACUGUUAAGGAUGUGAUGGUGACCUUACAGGACCGUCUCUCCCUGAGAUACAUUGAGCAUUUUGCUCUUGUCCUUGAGUAUACUGGGCCGGAACAGAAUCACAAGUUCCUGAUUCUCCAGGACAAGCAGUCCCUGGCUUAUGUGGUACAGCGGACACACUAUCAUGGGAUGAAAUGCCUCUUCCGAAUAAGCUUCUUUCCCAAAGACCCCAUGGAGCUGCUACGUCGGGAUCCUGCUGCUUUCGAGUACCUAUACAUCCAGAGUCGUAAUGAUGUUAUCCGAGAACGCUUUGGAAUGGAACCCAAGCCAGAGAUGCUUUUGGAUCUUGCUGCCCUCCACAUCUAUAUCACUGUCUCAGCUACUCGGCCUAGUCAGAAGAUCACACUCAAGAACGUGGAGAAGGAGUGGGGCCUGGAACCCUUUCUUCCCCCCUCCCUCCUGCAGGGCAUCAAAGAGAAGAACCUUCGGAAGUCUCUCUCUCAACAACUGAAGGCCCACCAAAUGCAUCCUUCUUGCAGCACCAAGGGCUCCGCCGUUCAAGCAAAGCUCCAGUACCUUCGAAUUCUGAAUGAACUUCCGACCUUCACUGGUGUUUUAUUCAACACUGUAGGACUGGACGAGAAGCAGUCAGCCACCACUCUCCUGGUGGGACCCCGUCACGGCAUCAGUCAUGUUAUUGACCUCAAGACCAACCUCACCACUGUGCUGUCCGAGUUCAGCAAGAUCAGCAAGAUCCAGCUGUUCCGGGAGAACCAGGGCGUGGCCCGAGUGGAGACCAGCAUCAUGGAUGCCAAGCCUCUGGUGCUGUUGAUGGAGUGGCCUGAAGCCACCAACUUUGCCUGCCUGAUUGCGGGGUACUGCCGCCUUCUGCUGGAUUCCAGGAAGAUGGUCUUCUCCAGGCCUGCCAACCAGCCUCUUCCACCUCCUAUGGUCAAAGCAGAUCCCAUGCACAGCGCCCAUCGCCCUGUCACUGGGGGCCACCUGGGGAAAAAGGAGAGUAGUUAUGUGGGCAGCGUGGGCACCAGCCCUAGGAAGUCGAGCCGAUGCGCGACCCCACCUGCCGACCCUGAGCUUGUCAGCUUCUGCUACCUCCACAUGCGGGAACAAAGGAAGGAGCAAGAAAGCAGGACAGAUGUCAACGAGAACCUAAUCUUCUUUGAAGAAACCAGACCCCGGACCAAAUCGGACCCCACAUCCAAAAGCUCUGGCCAAGGUUAUGAGAUGAUUCCUGAUGACUUCGAUGCAGCCAGCCUAGACCAUGAGCCUUGUGCCAGCAGGGCCCGGUCCUACACUUUGGACAAUUCCCUUGGGGCUGAAGCCCUGAAUUUCUACUGUGACUCUUGCAAAGUCAAACUCCAGGAGCAGCAGGGGCCUCGAAAAGGUGGGAGGCCUGGCUCCUCUCGGGACAAUAUGGUAGACUUAAUGUCCCUCCCACCACCAGGAAGUGAGGAAGAAGAGGAAGAGGAAGAUGAGACAACUUCUCUGUUGCCUGCCAUUGCAGCUCCACCCCCUGGUUUCCGAGACAACAGCUCUGAUGAGGAUGAUUCCAAGCGCAGAGCUGUUCAAAGUCAGGAGCAAGGACGUCACCUGCGUGGGCUCCUGUAUGAUGAGAUUCCAGUGACGCUGAUUGACAGUGUACAGACCCGGACAGUACGAGAUCAUGCCCAGGAGCUGGAUGAUGCUCUGGUGUCUACUCUGCAGGCUCUAGAAGCCCUGGCUGCUUCAGAGGAUGGACCCCAUCCUCCACCCCAACAGACUGCAGGUCUGAUUGUGCUGGCCACAAUCACUCCUGAAUCAUCGCUGGACUCGGGCCAUGAAACCAACUCUUCAGAGCUCACAGAUAUGUCAGAGAUGAUGUCGGCCAUGAAGCAGCACCAGAAUGCCACCUACUUCCUGGCCCAGCACCUCAACAAGGACAGCCUCCUUGCCCGAAAGGACCUGCCCUUCAGAAUCCAGAGCUGCUCAGCUCAGGCUGUGCUCACCGCCCCUUAUGCCCUUGGGCCCCCAGAUCCCAACCCAUCCCUCCAGCCAGCUGUCACUGGCCAGAGUCCUGGUCCCCCUGGUGCCCGGAGAAAGCUGCCUCAGUCAGAAGCCCAGGUGCAGGGAGAGAGAACAUACUCCCUGGCCGUGCAUCCAGCCCUGUCCCCACAACUUAGUGAGCAGAAGAAUCUGAGCCUGCUUCCCCCAGUUCCUGAGGACAAAGGGCCAGGCCACACUAGGGCAGGCCUAGAGAUGUCACUGAGAGCAGCCACACCAUCCCUCGGUGAAGAGCAGGUCUCAGAGCUAAGGGAAAACUUGCCCAAGGAAGUCAGGUUGAGCCCUAAGCUUAUGCUGGACCCAAAAGGCAAUGUGACCCCAGCCAUCAUCUCGGCUACCCUACAGCAGGUAGUACACAGUAAGGGUCUAGCCACUCCUGGCACAGCCUUGGCAACACCCUCCAACAGAGGGGAGAGAAGGCUAGAGGCUGGCAUGGGGAGGCCUGAGGUCACCAUGAGCAGGCCAGAAGUUAGCCUGAUGAGCAGCAAUGCCAACAAGAAUCUGAAGUUUAAAAUGAGCCCUGGUGCCCUGGAGACCACACGGAAUUCUCAGCAGCAGCUGGGCGCAGAGAUCUCUGCCAGCCCCAGAGCAUCCACAAGCAGCCGGCCUGACAACCUCCACCUUUCCCCACAAGAGGACAGGUUUCCUGUUCAAAGUUUCCCUCCUAAGAGCUAUCUAUCCAGAGCAAGUCGAGACUCGGUGGGCAAGCAAGCUACCGGGGAGGUGGCAGGCAAGCUUGGGCCAGAGGGUGCUAAGCCUCCCCCUAACAAGCAGAGCACAGUCUCUGGCCUUGGGGAGAAAGGGCACCUGGAGAGCAUAUCCAAAAGCAGCAAGUUUGAGGAGACCAGCCUAGUUCCCCGGGCUGGCUAUCCCAUGGCUCUGCAGAGCCCUAGCUGCCAGGCUCGAAGCUACAGCCCUAGCUGCCAGGCUCGAAGCUACAGCCCUAGCUGCCAGGCUCGAAGCCACAGCCCCAGCAGCCUGGCCCGUGGCCCCAGCCCCAGCUACCAUCCUAGAGGCCAGAGCCCAAUGAGGCCUCUGGCCACCAGCCGUCAGGUCAGCACCAUGCCCUCUAGGAAGCUUGAAACGACCCUGGAUGGAGCCCAUGCGGCCUCUGAAGGCCCCACAAAGCCCAAGUCAUCCCGAGGUCCUUUCCGACUGCGCAACUUAUUCUCUGCCACCUUUCCUACCCGCCAGAAGAAAGAAACAGAUGAGCGACAGGCCCAGCUGCAGAAGGUAAAGCAGUAUGAAUUGGAGUUCCUUGAGGAACUUCUAAAGCCACCAAGCCAGGGGGAUAUUUCAGGCACAGAGUACCUGCAACCCCCAGCACCUGGCCGCUGCAGCUGCCAGCUGCGUAGUAGCCCUGUGCAGCAGGGACCUGGCAUGUCUCGUGAACAGAGACGCAGCUGUGACUGCAAGCGCAUCUGCCGAGGAGGACGGCCUCAAGCUGCCCAGACCCCAGUGCCUGCUGGCCUUCGGGAGAGGGAGAGGGUCCUGCCUACCCAGAGGCAGCCAGAAGCUGGCCCAGGCUUGAUCCUUGGUAGUCCCAUCAAUGCCCAGCGCAUCCGUUCUACCAGUCUGGAGUCCCGUGAGUGCCGGUCAGACCCUGAGAGUGGUGUUUCUUGCCUGAGCACCUGUGCCUCGGGGGGUGAGUGUUUGGGAGACCCCAACUACAGGAAACUGAUGCACCGCUACAAUAACAGUGAGCUGGACCAGGGUGACAGGGCCUCCCUGACCUCAGAUGUCUACCCGCACCCCCCCUUGGGAAUGCUGCCUAGAGAGGUCAAGGAGAUAGAUACAGGCCUCCCACUAGUCUUGGGUCCAAAAGGCAAGCGUGCAGAGUCACCAACUCUUGGAGAGCCCUCCUACGUCCAAGUGGCCCCUGAGAGCAAAGGCCCCAGGCAAAUGGCUGUGUUUUCACUGCCAGAGGAGGUAUACCGCAGGCCAGCCGAUCUAGAUGAGGACAGUGAAACCAGCAAGUGCUGUUCUAUCCGCUACUGCUUCUAUUACCGCAAGUGUGACAUGGCAGAUGAUGCCAGCGACGGCAAGGACGAGCUCUCCUAUUCCAUUCCCAUGAAGAUUCUGCCUGGCAUGAAGUUGGACGAGCAGGUGGUGCCUGUGGUGAGCAGAACCCUGCAGGUCCUGGAUGCCGCCACCUGCAGCAGCAGCCCCGAGGCCUCUCACACCCAGGAAAUCGACCUUCGGGUUUCCACCUUUGAGGGGAGCCUGGCUAAAAUCAAUGCGUUACGGGCUCAUGCCUAUGGCCUCCCUGACGGCUUCCUGGCAGCCCGCCUGGACACCAAUGAGCUGCUGACAGUCUUGCGGCAGUGUGUGGCCAGCCCCGAGGCACGUGCCCCCAAGCCCUAUGUCUCUCAGAUUUCUGAGUACAAACUUGAGCUAGCUCUCAAGUUCAAGGAGCUCCGGGCCUCCUGCCGCCGGGUAGCCAAUGUGGACAAGAGCCCCACUCACAUGCUGGCGGCCAUCACAGGCAGCUUCCAGGUGCUGAGCAGCCUCAUUGAGACCUUUGUGCGGCUGGUGUUCAUCGUGCGCUCGGAGGCCCAGCGCCAGGAGCUGCUGGCCAAAGUAGAAGAAGUCGUGAGGAAUUACACCUUCCUGCUGCGUGCAGCUGAGGAGUCCACAGCCAGGAACCUUAACCAGCAGCAGCAGCAGCAGCAGCAGCAGCAGCAGCAGCAGCAGCAGCAGCAGCAGCAGCAACAGCAACAGCACCAACAGCAGCAGCAGCAGCCAGCGCUGCCACCACUGUCGCUGCCAGCAGCCACAGGGCACCCACCAGGCUCCCCAUCAUCGACUGUUAUGAGCACAUUCACACACUCCUUAAAAACCCUUAUUAAGUAGGGCACUUGCCUAGGCUUGUCCCCUCCCCACCCAUUGGUCCCAGGUUUGAGCUUUGUGGUCUUUGCAUCUUGUGGUGUGUGUGUGUGUGUGUGUGUGUGUGUGUGUGUGUGUGUGUGUGUGUGUUGGGCCAGUCAGGGUCCAAGAGCCUAACAGUCUCUGAGGAGUGAAAACUCCCUAGACCAAGGCUCUUUAUUAAGGGCUGCAGGCUUAGCUGCUGCCCUGGGUGUCCUCACCCCUUCUUGGCCUCUGGGCGUCACUGUGAGGGCAAAGGCCCCUCGCCUUUAUGCCCACCACAGAGUUGUAUUUUAUCUCUUCUCUGGGGCUGGUAGGUGACAUCAGGUUCACCUCCUGCUCUGAGUUGGGCACCAGGGGAGCCAGAACCUGGAGCUCCUCCUAGCAUCUGCUGCCUCACAGAGGGCAGUGACAAUAGCAGUAGGCCACAGCGCCAAGCCAAGGAGAGAGGGAGCUUGUUCCAGAUGCUCCAACCCACCAUGGGCUCCCUAGCAUCUGGCAGGAGCCACUUCAAGGGCCAGUGCCCAGGUGGGAGAUGUGCAGAAUACAGCCACUACGGGUUGUCAGUGGCUGGCUCAACAGGCUGGCAGCCUUGGGAGCCCUUGCCCCCAGGUUCAAUAGCUCUAUACCAGCCAACCCCAAAGUGCCCUGCCCCUCACUGAUGGGCAGGACAGCUCAGUUCAUUAGGGAGCAAGCCUCUGAGAUCACCUCACUUGUUUUGGGUAAGGUACCUGGUGAAAAUGUCUGCUCUGGGGAAGCCCAGCGCAGGUGUCCGAGCCUGCCCGGCUCAGCCCAGCCCUGUGCAGGAGCUGUUGCCUGAGGUAUGUGGCUCCUCUUUCAACAUCUCUACCAGAUAGAGUUAGGAGUUUGACGUAGCUACGGAU